AUGUUUAGGAGAAAAGCCCCACAAAUCACCUCAGAGGAAUUACUGCAAACUUACAAUGACUGCUGCAAUGAAACAAUAAAGAACUUGACCUUGGAAGAAAAAAACGAAGUUGAAGAGGCUUUGAAAGGGUGGAAAAGUCUACAUACAACAUUACUUUACAAACUUGAUCUUUUUGACAAGUACUCAGCAAAGCUUGGUCCUGAAGAGAAAGUAAUAUUGGAUAACCUCAAAAACAUCAGAGACGAAAAUGUCAAACAUUUGAUUCGAGUACAGCUUCGUCUUGACGAGAAACAACGAAGGUUGAAACGCGAGGCCGAUGGUUCCAGAACUGCUCCUCCUCCUCCUCCGCUGUCUUCAUCCCGCGGAUCCGCCUCAGCUAGCUCUUCGCACUCUUUUCGCAAACCGCAAUCUUCAUCUGGUUCAAGCCAUUUGCAGCAACGUUCAAUGAUGAAGUCGUUAAGACCAUCGGGUAAUACAAAUGGCUACACAAGCCAUAAAACUACAACAAAACUAAAGCCAAAAUCAGUACAACAGGCAUCGCAAGCGGCCAGUGUAUCCUGGCAGAAACCUAGUUAUAAAUCACGAUAUGCAGAAGAUUACGAAAGCUCGCCGAAAUUUGGGACUAAUAUCACGAGUUAUUUUCAAGAUUUUGAUCAAGAUACUUAUAAUGGUGGAGCCAAUUGGGAAAAGACCAAUUCACGUACAUCAUCUGGACUUUCUGAUGUUUCAUUUGAUGAGCCAGAUUUAAUAGAUUUUGAUGAUAAUGGAGUUGGAAAUCGAAAUGAAAAUGGAACAGGAACAGGAACAGGAACAGGAACAGGAACAGGAACAGGAACAGGAACAGGAGCCUUGACUGGUAGACUGAGUGUUAACAAAUCAAUAGAUAACCUUUCGCGUUCAAUGGAUGAUAUCACCAUAAGGCCAGUUGAAGAAUCAUCAUCGCCGCGUCAAGUUCCGGCUGUUCCUCGAGCGAAUUUGCAGCAGCUGAAUAUUGAACAUCUCUCAAAAUCUACAUCAGAUGUACCUAGCUCACCAAAAGCUCCAUACAAAUACAAUAAACCGAAACCAAUGAAUCUUCAAAAACUUAUGCAACAACUGAAAAAACCACUGGCUAUGCUGGUUUCGCUGCUGGUUCCGCUGCUGGUUUCGCUGCUGACACUGCAGCUGCCAGCGAUACUGUCGAAACCAAAAUCGAGCAACAUCUCAUAUAAUUAUGUGAAACCGCAAGUCAAGAAACCAGUUGUCAAAACCACUAGACCCCUGACAAGCUCUACGACAAAUACCACAACCAAUGGUGCUGCAAAGAAGCAUGUUGUGAAGACAACAAAAGUGGCAACCACUGCUCCACCGCGAAAGGAACUAGAGAAGGAUUCAAUCAAUAGUCCCACAAUGGAUGAUUUGCUCAGUGGGUAUGACAAUGACCCUCUGCAAGAACCUGGAGAAACGGCAAACGACUUGUCCUUGACUACAGAGAAGAUGCAAGAUGAAUUGAUUGCCUCUAUACGAGGAAUCGACCCUAUUGCCGCUAAGAAUAUAUUGAACGAUGUGGUGGUGCACGGUGACGAAGUAUAUUGGGAUGAUAUUGUUGGUCUUGAAGGUGCAAAGAAUUCGUUAAAGGAAGCUGUGGUGUAUCCGUUCUUGCGACCCGAUUUGUUCAAAGGUUUAAGAGAGCCAACACGGGGUAUGUUACUUUUUGGUCCUCCAGGGACAGGUAAGACAAUGUUGGCAAGGGCUGUAGCUACGGAAUCGCAAUCUACAUUCUUCAGUAUUAGUUCAUCUUCAUUAACAUCAAAAUACUUGGGUGAAUCUGAGAAAUUGGUUAAGGCGUUGUUUUUAUUGGCAAAGAAGUUGGCGCCUUCUAUUGUGUUUAUGGAUGAGAUUGACUCUUUGUUGAGUUCUAGGUCAGAAGGUGAGGUUGAGAGUACAAGAAGAAUUAAGAAUGAGUUUUUGGUGCAAUGGUCUGAGCUUUCAAGUGCUGCAGCUGCGCGUGAGAAUGAAGAUGUAUCGAGAGUCUUGAUUUUGGGUGCGACAAACUUACCGUGGUCGAUAGAUGAGGCAGCACGACGUAGAUUUGUCAGAAGACAAUAUAUACCUUUACCAGAGGAUGAGGCAAGAAUGUCCCAGGUGCGAAAGUUGUUGCAGUACCAAAAGAAUACUUUGUCUGAAGAAGAUUACAAGAAAUUGAUGAAGUGGACUGAGGGUUUCAGUGGAAGUGAUAUGACUGCAUUGGCAAAGGACUCGGCAAUGGGGCCGUUGAGAUCGUUGGGUGACAAACUAUUGCUGACUCCAACCGACCAGAUUCGGCCCAUCAGUUUGGAGGAUUUUGAAAAUAGUUUAAAGUAUAUCAGACCAAGUGUUUCAAAGGAGGGACUUUCCGAGUAUGAAGAUUGGGCUGCUAAGUUUGGUUCAAGUGGUGCAUAA